AUGAAUGCCAACUUCACUGCAUGGACUAAUGAUAAGGAAGGGCAAUCGGGAGAUCCAUCAGAAGAGCAAAUUGACCCUUCAUUCGCCCAGCAUCAAGAGCUGGACUUUCCUACCGUAGAUGAUGUAACUGCGGCAGCGGUUGCAAACGCUCAAGGCGCACAGAGCCAUCAGCAGCAGGGUCAGACUUCUCAUAGUCUUCCACAAGUACAUCAUAGGAAUCAUCUGCAACAUGACGAUCAUUUAAGAGCUGCUCAAGCUGCUGCCGAACUUCAGAGGGCACAACAGCAGGCACAGCAAGCACAAGAACUGCAUCAACAGAUGGUUGCAGCUGCUGCCGCCGCUGCAAGUGUAGGAGGACUUUCAUCUUCUUCUUCAACGCCAGAGGAUAAGAAGACCUCUGGUGCAAGAAAUCUCAGGCCCAUUUCAACUACGAAAAGAGCGGCGCAGAACAGAAGCGCUCAGAGGGCAUUCAGGCAACGUAAAGAAAAGUAUAUCAAGGACCUUGAACAACAAGCCGCAGAGGUAAAUCAGUUAAAACAGACAAUAGAAGAAUUACGCAACGAAAAUUUACAAUUGAGAGAUUACACUUUGGCAUUACAAAGUAGGGUUAUCGAAUUGAGUCCACAAGGUUCUCAUCAGUUGCCCAGUGCCGCCUCUGGGCAGCCGAGUGCUUCGCACGAUAAUGUUCCUACUCCACCAGCUGCGGUAUUCAAUAACAAGAUAUUUAAUACUGAUAAAUGA